AUGAAGCCCGAGGGCGCGAAGGCGCCCGCGGAGGAGACGCAGAAUGCGGAAAAGGGAAACGCGCGCGGCGAGAGCCUCGCGAAAGAAGCCGAGGAGUGGGCGAUGGCCGCGCGGAAGCGCGCGGUGACGAUCGACGCGAGCAUCCCCCCGCCGGACUCGCGUCUGCUUUCCUCGCAGAUGGCGUCCGCGUUCGGGAUUCAGCUCAUGAACGCGCAGUAUCGGUACCCGCACGCGCCGCCGCCGCCCGUCUCCGGGGGCACGCGCGACUCCAGAGGGUCUCGAGGAUCGGAAUACACCAACGCGCCGCCCUCCGCGAACUUCGAUCCAAACGCCGGGAUGCCGCGGCCGCCGAUGCCGCCGCCGUACGCAGGGUUCGCGCACCAACAGCCGGGGGCGCCGGGGCACGCGAACGCGCAGGCGCAGCAGGCUGCCGCGGCCGCGGCGGCCGCGGCGAUAUCGAACAUGUACGGCUACCACGGGCUGGCGCAGUGGAACGCGAACGCGUUUUCGAACGCCCAGGGAGGGGGGCAUCCGCGGGGGAUGUACCCGCACGAGAUGUACGGCAGGCGGCCGGACGCGGGGCCUGGCAUCGGCGCGGCGCAAGGCCACAUGGAUCCGAGCGUGUCGUACGAGCAGAUGAUGGCGUAUCAAGCCGGCGUCGAGCACUCGCGAUCGUUCGAGGCGUUCAAGCGAUCGAGAGAGGAAGCGAUGUCGCACCACCUGGACGGCUCCGAAGACGACGCGCAGGCGCUGAAACGCCCGCGGCUCGUCUGGACGCCGCCGCUUCACAAGCGAUUCGUCGACGCGGUUUCGCACCUCGGCAUUCGCAACGCGGUGCCGAAGACGAUCAUGCAACUCAUGAACGUCGACGGUUUGACGCGAGAGAACGUCGCGUCGCACCUUCAAAAGUACCGGCUCUACCUCAAGCGGCUCCACGGCGGCUGCAGCGAGAGCACGAUGGAGAACUCGCCGAGCGGCGAGGGCGGCGGGAGCGGCGGCGGGAGCGAGGGCGACGGCAGCGGCGGCGGCGUCGGCGACGACGGCGACGGCGACGCGAAGCGUCGCGACGCGAAGGAUAACAGCGGCGACGGCGGGAGCGCGGACGGAUCCGGCGGCGGGAGCGACGGGUCCGGGAAGGGCCAUCAGACCUCGGAGAAGGGCUCCGGCGGCGGCGGGAGCGACGGCGGCGGCAGCGACGGCGAACGCAACGGCAGCGGCGACGGGAGCGGGCAGGGCUCGGGCGCGGGGGGCGAACGCGACGCGCGCGCGCGGACCGACUCCGGCUCCGGCGGCGGCGGCGGCGGCGCGACGAAGACCACCGGCGGCGUCGUCGUCACUGGCGCGAGGCCGAGCGACGAGAUCACCCGCGGACCCUCCGGGGGCAUCGCCGACGCGGGCGCGGGCGGUAGCGGCGGCGGCAGCGGCGGGGACGAUGGCGGGGACGACGACGCCGCGCGUCCAGACUCGUGCGAGCGCCCGAGCAGCGGGGACGAGAGCAACGACGGGGAGAGGAACGGGGGGGAUCCCGCGACGACCCAGGGCGCGCCAAACGCCGCGGGGGCGGGCGCGGGGGAGAAGGGUGGGAAGGGCGGGAAGUGACGGAGGAAGAGCUCGAGCUCGGCGACGAGCGAACGACGAUCGGAUCGACGAAGAAGAGAGACGGGACCGGACCGGACUCGACGACGAACCCCCGCCGACGCCCGCGAGAAGAGAAGAGCGAAUUUCUUCUCGUCGGCUUGUCUAUAGUAAGAAUUCUUUCAACGUAAAA